AUGGAACAAGUUCUUGAAACCAUGAAAACCGAAGGGUUGGAACCCGAUUUAAGAUGUCAAAUCAUUUUAGCCAAACAUUAUAUCAUUGGGGGUAUAAAAGAUAAAGCAAAAACCAUUUUAAAAGAGAUCGAAGGCGACAAUCUUAAAGAAAACCGAAGGGUAAUUUCGUCUUUGUUACCUGUAUACGCGUUACUCGGAAGCGAAGACGACGUGAAACGAGUUUGGGAAAUUUGCGAAUCCGACCCGAGACUCGACGAGUGUUUAAACGCGAUUGACGCGUUCGGGAGGUUAAAAAAAGUGGAGGAAGCGGAGGCGGUGUUUGAAAAAAUGUCGAAAAAAUGGAAACAAUUAUCGGCGAAAUAUUACACUGCGAUGUUGAAAGUAUACGCGUAUAAUAAAAUGUUGACAAAAGGGAAAGAUAUGGUGAAGUUGAUGAGUGACAACGGGUGUAGGAUCGGGCCUUUGACAUGGGAUGCUUUGGUGAAACUGUAUUUGGAGUCGGGGGAGAUUGAGAAGGCGGAUUCGGUUUUGAAAAAGGCUUCGGAGCAAAUUCAAGGGAAGCCGUUGUUUGCUACUUAUAUGAUGAUUUUGGAUCAGUAUGCUAAAAGAGGUGAUGUACAUAAUGCUGAAAAGAUUUUUUAUAGAAUGAGACAAGAUGGGUAUGUGUCGAGGUUUAGGCAGUAUAAUUCGCUUUUGCAAGCGUAUAUAAAUGCGAAAGUUCCGGCGUAUGGGUUUAGGGAGCGGUUGAAGGCGGAUAAUGUGUUCCCGAGUAAGUCGUUGGUGGGACAGCUGGCACAAGUUGAUGCGUUUAAGAAAACCGCGGUGUCUGAUUUGCUUGAUUAG